UCCUCUUGCUUGCUCUUCCUUGACUUCCUUCUGUCACGCUGCGUGAGUCGUGUUGUCUCGUCGCCGUCGCGCUGUGCGGUUUUCGUGGGCGCUACACAAUGUUGUAAUCGACCAUACAGCACCUUCAACAUUCUUUAAAUUUUAGAACAGAAAUAUAUACAUCACCCGCUAACGUGUUGUGCAGUUAAUAGUUGAUAAAUAACGGUCGCCGUUUUGGCAGUUAUCACAUGUGUUGAGUGUAAAAAAAGUUAAACAUCCAGUGCGAGAGUAAUUUUCUGAUAAGUUUUAUAUGAACGGCCGUUAGAUUUCUCGUUGCAAAUCUAUGGGAGAUAACUGGUUCUACGCUCACGUAAUAAGUGACAAUGUCUUUCGAGUCUCCGCUUGACAGAUUUUGCGGCUCCAAGUUUUGGGACAGCAACCUAACAUGGAACACAGACAACCCAGAGCUCACAGAAUGCUUCGAGAAGACCGUUCUCAUCUGGGUCCCCUGCAUAUUCCUCUGGCUGGCCGCCUUCCUCGACACAUACUACAUCAUCAACAGCAAGGAGAGGAACAUCCCAUGGAACCCACUCAAUAUCAGCAAGCUGAUAAUCACGAGUUUGUUAAUAGUGUUAACAUUUGUGGAUUUGGGAACGACUGUGCAUCGGUUCUCGAGGCAGGAGGAGGAUGUGUUUAACGUGGAUUAUUAUACGCCUAUAGUUAAGAUAUUGACGUUUAGUUUAUCAGCAACACUACUAUACUACAACCGAAAAUACGGCAUGCGAGCAUCAGGGGUCCUAUUCUUCUUCUGGCUAUUCCUAGUGAUAGCCGGCAUCCCGCAGCUCCGCUCUGAAAUCAUCCUACACAACCAGAAGAGAGACGAUGAGAACGUGCAAUAUGCGUUCGUCAGUUAUUGUCUGUACUACAUGUUGGCGGUAGUCAUGUUUCUGCUCAACUGCUUUGCCGACUUAGCGCCUAGAGAUACGCCGUACAAAUAUGAGAAGAACCAAUGCCCCGAGAGCGCAUCAGGGUUCCCCAGCCGACUGACGUUCAGCUGGUUUGACCCGCUAGCCCUAACCGGGUUCCGCAGGAGCCUGACCGAGAGCGACCUCUGGGCGCUCAACCCGUCGGACUCCUCCAAGGAGGUCGUGCCUAAGUUUGAGAAGUUCUGGGAAAGGUCGCUGAGGAAACAGGAGGUUUCCAGCGAAACGCGAGCGACGUACAGCAAAACAUCGGCCAGUGUCAACUUCAAGCCAGAAAGUGAAAGAAAACCCGCAUCCAUACUGCCCGCCAUUUGUCUCGCGUUCGGCCCGCAAUUCUUGUUCGGAACAACGUUGAAAUUAGCCAAUGAUCUGUUGAUGUUCGUGUCCCCACAGUUGCUCAAAUACCUAAUAGCCUUCAUAGGAGAUAAAGACACACCAGUAUGGAAAGGCUACCUCUACGCGGUCGCCCUACUCUUAUGCGCCUCCAUACAAACCAUGCUCCUCGCGCACUACUUCACGAGAAUGUACCUUGUGGGCAUGAGAAUAAGGACUGCCCUCACUAGCGCCAUCUAUAGGAAGUCGCUGAGAAUGUCCAAUGCGGCCAGGAAGGAGUCUACCGUGGGAGAGAUUGUCAAUUUGAUGUCGGUGGACGCGCAAAGAUUCCUAGAACUGACAGCAUACCUUAACAUGAUCUGGUCAGCGCCGCUCCAGAUCGCCCUAGCGCUCUACUUCCUAUGGGGAAUCCUGGGGCCGUCGGUGCUCGCGGGGCUGGCGGUGAUGAUCGUGCUGAUCCCGGUCAACGGCGUCAUCGCCAACAGAGUCAAGAGUCUGCAGAUCAAGCAGAUGAAAUACAAGGACGAGAGGGUGAAGCUCAUGAACGAGGUGCUCAACGGGAUCAAGGUUUUAAAAAUGUACGCGUGGGAGCUCAGCUUUCAGGACCAAAUUCUUAAGAUAAGAAACAAAGAGAUGCAUGUGCUCAAACAGACGGCGUACUUGAAUUCGGCGACGUCGUUCAUAUGGUCUUGCGCUCCUUUCCUGGUGACCUUCCUCACUUUCUUUACGUAUGUGAUUAGCGACCCCACACACAACCUGACGGCAGAAAAGAUAUUCGUCUCGAUGUCCCUAUUUUUCAUGAUCCACCUGCCGUUAGGGCUGCUGCCCCUCAUCGUGGUCUCAGUCAUCGAGACUUCAGUGGGUAUAAAGAGGUUGAACAAGUUCAUGAACUGUGAUGAGUUAGACAUGAAUUCCGUUGAACACGAUCCUAAAGAACCGAACCCCUUGGUAAUGGAAAACGGGAACUUCUCCUGGGGUGACAAGGACGCAGAACUCACCCUAAAGAACAUCAACCUGAGAGUGCCGAAGGGUCACUUAGUGGCCGUGGUUGGAGCUGUGGGGUCAGGCAAGAGCUCCCUGCUGUCGGCGUUCUUGGGAGAGAUGAAUAAGAUCUCUGGACGGGUUAAUACUAAUGGUAGCAUAGCAUACGUCCCGCAACAAGCCUGGAUCCAAAACGCAACGCUCCAAGACAACAUUUUAUUCGGCAAGCCACUAGCACAGCAAAAGUACAGCGACGUGAUCGGCAUGUGCGCGCUCAAGCCAGAUUUCGAUAUGCUCCCCGGCGGUGACCAGACCGAGAUCGGCGAGAAGGGUAUAAACUUAUCCGGCGGCCAAAAGCAGCGCGUGUCACUCGCGCGAGCCGUAUAUUAUGACGCGGACGCGUACUUCCUGGACGACCCCCUCAGCGCCGUCGACUCGCACGUGGGAAAACACAUCUUUGACAAGGUUCUCGGCCCCAACGGUUUACUAAAAAACAAAACCCGCCUAUGGGUCACCCACAACGUGUCUUACCUGGCUCAAACCGACCUGGUGGUGGUCCUGAAGGAGGGAGAGAUCUCAGAGGUGGGCAGCUACCAGCAGCUGCUGGAGAAGAAGGGGGCUUUCGCGGAGUUCCUGAUCCAUCAUCUUAGCGACACGGAGAGAACUUCGCCUGAAGAACUGGACGAAAUCAAAGACGUGCUUCAGGACAAACUUGGCACAGAAUUCAAGGACAAACUGCAGAGGGCCCGUUCUCUCUCGGAAAGCGCAUCGGAAUCGGAACAGGCAGCUACAGGAGACCGCGCGGGCAGCGUGAAGAGAAAAACACCGGAAGCGACACCUGCAGAAUUGAAGGAAAAGAACAAACUCAUCGAAUCAGAGAAAACGGAAACUGGCAGUGUAAAAUGGAGCGUAUACAAGCACUACCUGAUGAACGUGGGCGUGUUGGCGUCCGUGGUGACCGUGCUCAUGAACCUGAUCCUGCAGGUGUUCCAGGUCGGCUCCAACUACUGGCUCGCCGUCUGGUCCGACGACCCCGACAUGAUCGUGAACGGCACGGUGGACAAAGAGAAGCGCGACCUGUACCUCGGCGUGUACGGCGGUCUGGGCGUCGGGCAAGUGAUGUCGGUGUCGGUGUCGUCGCUGGCGCUGUACCUGGGCACGCUGGCGGCGGCGCGCGCGCUGCACUGCGGGCUGCUCGCCGGCGUGCUGCGCGCGCCCACCAUCGGCUUCUUCGACUGCACGCCCGUGGGCCGCGUGCUCAACCGGUUCAGCAAGGACGUGGACGUGCUCGACAACGUGCUGCCGAUGACGCUGCGCGGGUGGACCUCCUGCUUCUUUGCGGUCCUUGGAACGUUAUUCGUCAUCAGCGUAUCCACGCCCAUCUUCUUGGUCGUUAUCAUACCCGUGGGCGUCCUGUACUACAUCAUUCAGAGGUUCUACGUGGCGACGUCGCGGCAGCUGAAGCGACUCGAAUCCGUGUCGCGGUCGCCGAUAUACUCGCACUUCGGUGAGAGCAUUACGGGCGCGACCACUAUACGCGCUUAUGGAGUCACACAGAGAUUCGAGGAGGAGUCCGAACGCGGCGUCGACCACAACCAGUCCUGCUACUACCCGAGCUGCAUCGCCAACCGCUGGCUCGCGGUGCGGCUCGAGAUGAUCGGCAACCUCAUCAUCUUCUGCGCCGCGCUGUUCGCCGUGCUCGGCAGGGAAGACGUCGACCCUGGCGUCGUCGGCCUCUCCGUCAGCUACGCUCUGCAGAUCACUCAAACUCUUAACUGGUUGGUGAGGAUGACAUCUGAAGUGGAAACAAAUAUCGUCGCAGUGGAAAGAAUAAAGGAAUACGCUGAAACGCAGCAGGAAGCCGUGUGGACGGUAGAGAAGGGCCCGGGCGGGACGUGGCCGGAGACCGGGGCGCUGCAGCUGGAGGGGCUCACGCUCGGCUACCGCGCCGGCGAGCCCGCGCUGCGCGGCGUCACCUGCGCCGUCGCUCCGAGGGACAAGCUCGGCAUCGUGGGCCGGACCGGCGCCGGCAAGUCCACGCUCACGCUGGGCCUGUUCAGAAUCGUAGAAGCCAUAAGUGGGCGCAUCCUAAUCGACGGCAUCGACAUCUCGACCAUCGGGCUGCACCAGCUGCGGUCGCGCAUCACCAUCAUCCCGCAGGACCCCGUGCUGUUCUCGGGCACGCUGCGCAUGAACCUGGACCCCUUCGACGCCUACUCCGACGACGACAUCUGGCGGUCGCUCGAGCACGCGCAUCUCAAGAACUUCGUUCAUGGUCUAUCAGCAGGUCUGCGCCACGAGAUAUCCGAGGGCGGUGAGAACCUCUCCGUCGGCCAGCGGCAGCUCGUCUGCCUGGCGCGAGCCUUGCUACGUAAAACGCCGCUCCUGGUCCUGGACGAGGCCACCGCAGCCGUGGACCUUGAGACCGACGAGCUCAUACAGAAAACGAUCCGGUCCGAGUUCGCGUCGUGCACGGUGCUGACGAUCGCGCACCGCCUCAACACGAUCAUGGACUCGACGCGCGUGAUGGUGCUGGACAAGGGCCAGCUGGUGGAGUACGCGCCGCCCGACCAGCUGCUGCAGGACAAGAACUCCAUCUUCUACGGCAUGGCCAAGGACGCCGGCCUCGUCAGUUAGGCCACAACACUGUUUUACUAAUAACACAAACUAGAUCAAAUAUCGGUCAUUUUACGGUCUUUCUACAGUUAUUAUUCACAACGACGGGUGCCAGUCGUCUCCGAGACCACGGGGACAAUGCCGUCCUCGCACAUCGCAGGUUAAUUUAAAAAUUAAAACUAAAUUUUACGCAGUUAAGUCCCAUCGUUGUGCAUAAUAAUGAAUAAAAAUCGGGAAAGAUAAAUCAGUGUCUUUCUACAGUUUUACUUCACCAGAAGUCGCUUGCUGAGAUAUAUGUUGAAGGUAUAUUCAAAAAUAGACUGUUACGCAGUACACUUCAACAU